AUGGGCCCGCGGAGUCGCGAGCGACGAGCGGGGUCAGUGCAGAACACCAACGACAGCAGCGCCCUCAGCAAAAACUCACUGGCAGCGCGCGGGUACGUGCAAGACGCUUUCGCCGCAUUACUGGUCCCGGGGAGAGCGCGCCGGGCGCCGCUCAUCCACCGCGGCUACUACGUUCGCGCACGCGCCGUGCGAUACUGCGUGCGCGCCUUCUUGGAGCAGACGUGCGUCCUCUCUGACGUCCCUCCCGCACAGAUUUUGUCUUUGGGCGCGGGUUCUGACUCGUUGUAUUUUCGCCUCAAAAGCGCGGGUCGCCUAACACGGGCCACGGUUUGGGAGGUGGAUUUCCCAGAUGUAGCGCGACGCAAAGUACAAAGGAUUCGAGAUAUACCGGAGCUGUGCGCAUUAACCGGACCUUUUCAGGAGGGUGAUCCCGCGUCUGCGCUGCUCUUGGGCAGUUUGGACUACCGCAUCCUGGGUCUUGACCUGCGGCAGCUGCAACGGCUGGAUGAGGCUCUGGCCACGGCUGGUCUUGACGCAGCCGCACCCACUCUGCUCCUAGCAGAGGCAGUGCUAACCUACCUGGAGCCCAAGAGUGCCGCUGACCUCAUCGCUUGGGCAGCGCAGCGGUUUUCUAAUGCCCUUUUCGUCAUCUACGAGCAGAUGAAGCCGCAUGAUGCCUUUGGCCAGUUCAUGCAGCAACAUUUUCGGCAGCUGAAUUCUCCUCUGCAUGGCUUGGACAGCUUUCCCAACGUGGAGGCUCAGCGGCGCCGCUUCCUUCAAGCUGGCUGGACAGCUUGCAGUGCCAUGGAUAUGAAUGAAUUCUAUCGCCGCUUUGUCCCUGCAGAAGAACGCCGACGGAUAGAAAACCUUGAGCCCUUUGAUGAAUUUGAAGAGUGGCAUCUGAAAUGUGCACACUAUUUCAUUCUAGCAGCAUCCAAGGGGGACACCUUCUCCCAAAUGCUGGUGUUUCCAGCUACAGAGGUGUUUCCAUGGGUCGAUCCGGACUCACCCGCGGGGGUCUUCCCUGUCAGUGUAGUCACGAGUGACAGCCAGGGCUCUAACCUUAAGAGAUAUGGCCAUGCCUCUACCCUGUUGAGUCCAGGCGUUAUUCUCAGUGCAGGAGGUUUUGGUGAGCAGGAGGGGCAGCACUGCCGAGUCAGCAAGUUUCACUUGCUCCUAAGACACUGUGACUCUGAGUGGAAAGGCAGUCAGAUAGGCGGUUGGGAGACUGGAUGCAAGUGGGAUGGACGCCUUUAUCACACCAUGACAAGGCUUUCGGACACUCAGGUUCUGGUUCUGGGUGGGCGACUUUCCCCAGUGACUCCAGCCUUGGGGAUUCUCCAGCUUUGUAUUUCUAAGGAAGAGGAUAAUGGCCUCGAGGACCUGAAGGUGACAAUAACAAAGGCAGGUCCAGAAGAAGAUUCUACUCUGUCACGUUGGCGACACUCAACAACCAAAGUAUCUUACAAGAAUGAGACAUACUUGUUUGUGUAUGGAGGUCGAAGUGUGAAGGAACCUGUCCUAAGUGACUGGCAUUUCCUACAUGUGAGCACAAUGUCUUGGGUCAGAAUCCAAGUGGAGGGGAAUGCCCCUGCAGCGCGGCAUUCCCACAGUGCCUGUAGUUGGCAAGGGGGAGCCCUUUUUGCUGGAGGUCUGGGGGCUUCUGAGGAGCCGUUAAGCUCCAUACUCUACCUAAAACCAAUCUCUCACGGAUUCCUUUGGGAAUCAGUGGACAUCCAGCCUCCUAUUACCCCAAGGUAUUCUCACACAGCUCAUGUACUCAAUGGGAAGCUUCUGCUGGUUGGAGGGGUCUGGAUUCACUCUUCUUCAGUUCCUGGGGUGACUGUUAUUGAUUUGACCACAGGACUGAGCUGUGAAUAUCAGAUUGACACAACAUGUGUGCCAUGGCCAUUAAUGCUACACAAUCAUGACAGCAUCCUCCUUCCUGAAGAGCAACAGCUCCUGAUACUUGGUGGUGGUGGAAACUGCUUUUCCUUUGGCACCUAUUUCAAUCCUUAUACACUGGCAUUAGACCUUUCUUCCUUACAUAGUGAGCAGUAA